AAAGAAAAGAAACCCAGAUGGGGUCCUUUGCAGUGGUGGAGGGCUGCAAACCUCAUUUAAUUCUCAUUCUAAGUAAUCUUUGCUUCUCGGUUCUUCCUGUUCUCCUGCGAUCCAUCAUCUCCGGUGGUGUCAGUGGCCCUGUAUUUGUUGUCUACGAGCAGAUUAUCUCUACCAUCCUACUCUCCCUUCUCGCUUAAUUCUUAGAAAGGGGCAGAAGGCCUCCACUCACAUUCCAAAUAUUCUUCUGGGCAUUCUUGUUGGGCUUCAUCAUGUCGGUGUGUAUAACACUAAUGACAUCAAGUCUACGUUACAUUGAAGCAACCUCCCAAACCGUAGUGUCAAACACCAGUACGGCCUUAACAUUUCAUCAUGGCAGUAAUUUUUGGGAGAGAAACCUUCCGGUUCUGGACGAUUGAGGGUCAACCAAAGCUGUGGGGAGUCAUCUUGUCCACCAUUGGCGCAACUCUUAUGGUUGUUUGGAAGGGACCACAAAUUAUUGGCCCACUAGUUAAUGGUCAGGAGAUCAUUGGGCACCUCAUGGUUGUGAUCGCCAUUUUGAUUGGAGCUGGAUCAAGUCUAUUAUUGGAACAUGCGGCUAUUACGUACCAUGCAGAUUUGUCGCUUACAGCUCUGAUGGGUGUAUGUGGAAUUGUUUCAAUUGCAAUCGUUGCAACUUUAAUUGAAAGAGAUGUCUCCGCAUGGAAGAUAAGUUGGGAUGAGCUUGGGACAAUGAUAUAUGGGGGAGUUAUGAUUAUGGGAGUGGCCUCUUAUGUGACAAUAUGGUGCACACGCAUAAAAGGGCCUGUUUUUUUUUCAGCAUUUUCUCCUUUGCUCAUUGUUUUCUCAUUCCUUAUAGAGACAUUUAUCUUAAGGAAAGCAGCCCAUCUUGGGAGCAUUGUUGGGGCAAUAUUGGUGGUCAUAGGUCUGUAUUUCCUUUUGUGGGCCAAAGCUAAUGAGAGAAGGAAAGAUAAAAAGGAAGAUGGAAGCUUGGAAUCUUUAUUAAACGACCCUCACCAGCCAUUGAUUGAACAACAGGAUUAGAUCCAUCCCUACCUAUGUAUCCAAGAUUUUGUUUCUUAGGGAAAUUGUGGUUUAAUUUAUUAAAUCUUAUGUAAUAGGGUUCUUAUAUUUGUUUCAAUGGCUAUUGUGUAAACACAUCUUGCUGCUUGGCUUGUUGAAUCCUGAUCCAAAGACCAAAAACCUCCAUUUUUCAUGGACUGUAGGUAGAAUUGGGCUCUCUUGGAAUUUAAAAAAAAUUUAUGAUUCAAAA